UAUUUUGUUCUAUAAUCAGUUGCAAAUUCUAAUCAGUUAUCACAUCCUAUCAAUAACUGAUAAAUUGGAAUAAAAAGCUUUUUUAAGUUUAGAAAAAGUAAUUGUUAUUCUUAAUAAUCUGUGGUAAAAUAGCGUCGUAAGAAGAUAAUAUUAUUUCAACAUUCCGACCAAGGGUUAACGUGCCAAAAAGGUGUGAGUGGCGCAGCGGUGCGGCAGCAUGCGGCUGAUAAUCCUGGAGGACGCUGAUGCGGUGGCGGAAUGGGCGGCGCGGUUCGUGCUGCAACGCAUCACCGAGUUCGCGCCGGGCCCCGGCCGCCGUUUCGUGAUGGGGCUGCCCACUGGGGGCACGCCGCUGGGCAUGUACCGCCGCCUCAUCGACUUUCACCGCCAGGGCCGCAUCUCCUUCAAGUACGUCACCACCUUCAACAUGGACGAGUACGUCGGUUUGCCGCGGGAGCACCCGGAGUCGUACCACUACUACAUGUGGAACGAGUUCUUCAAGCACAUUGACAUCGACCCGGCGCAGGCGCACGUGCUGAACGGGAACGCGCCCGACCUGGUGGCCGAGUGUCAGCGGUUCGAGGACCUCAUCAAGGAGGCGGGCGGCGUGCACCUCUUUAUUGGCGGUAUCGGACCGGACGGGCACAUCGCGUUCAACGAGCCGGGCUCCUCUCUGGUGUCGCGCACGCGCAUCAAGACGCUCGCCUACGACACGCUCGAGGCUAACAAGCGGUUCUUCGGGAACGACAUCAGCAAGGUGCCAGCCAAGGCGCUCACCGUCGGUGUCGGCACCGUCAUGGAUGCCAAGGAGGUGAUGAUCUUGAUCACGGGCGCGCACAAGGCGCUAGCGCUGGCCAAGGCAGUGGAGGAGGGCGUGAACCACAUGUGGACCGUGUCGGCGUUCCAGCAGCACCCGCAGGCCGUUCUCGUGUGUGACGACGACGCCACGCUCGAGCUGCGCGUCAAGACUGUCAAGUACUUCAAGGCGCUGAGCGACGAGCACCAGCGGAUGAUCGAGCAGGUGUCGGUGGAGCACCAGCGCGUCGUGCACUAGUCCUAGAGUCUGAUGAUUGAACACAACAAGCUGAUAGCGGACGGGUAACGGGGACCACACACAACUAUAUUAUAUAACUAGCUCUUCAUUUUAUACUGUAAUAUAAAAAUAUUAUUAUACUUUAAGUAUAACAUUUAUACAUUAUUUUAUGAUAAAUAAAUCGAAUAUUUUCUUA